AUGCUUCAUAAUUUUUCUACUAUAGCUGAUGCUCAAGUUUUCCGGUAGGAUUUUAUGUUGCGUGUUCCUAUUAUUUAGCGUUCUAUUGUGCCGUUUGUAUAAAUUUAGCUAGUGUAUUGGAAGCAGGAAAACUGAGUGAUCUGAGCCAAUAGAACUGUAAACCAUGCGGUCAGUAACGUAAAUACGUGUAUUUUUUAGCUGGUACCGAAAUAAUUUGAAGAUUCAAUCGUGAGAAAACACGCAUUUUAAUUUUUACCCAACUGAACCUAACGUAGAAAAUAGAGCGUUCGCCAGACAGACAGGAGAUUUAUUAAUUAUCGCAGGCGGGUCUACUUUAUAAAAAUGAAAAAUAAAAAGGCUUGAAUUCAAUCACAGUUAAAUGUGAAAUUGACCAUUUAAAUAGGAAAGAUUCUUUUCUGGUUUCAGAAUAACUUUAAUAUUUUGUAUUUGCAUUUCGAGAUAAGGAAAUCACUUCGCUUCCUAAUUGUUUCGUCUUCCUUUUCAACUGCCGAGAUGAAUUACAUUUGGCUUCCUCUUAUGAAUGAUCUUGCUAUUCGCACAUUAAACUUCUUUCUAGGCUGGAAAUUCAACAUUAAUUUGCUAUCCGUCUAUUUUUGCGAAGUAGUUCUAGUGAUAAUAGCCUACCAGCCAUGCAUUUUAAUUUAAAUUCGUGGUUUAUCUUCUCAAAAACACCCACGACACGAAAAUUAAGGCUAGUUUUUCUUGCUUUAUUUUUUAAUGAUGGCUUGAAACAAAACGGCGAAAAUUCUUAUUAUGCAAAUUCUGUUCCUUAGCUCGUAUCUAUCAUCACACUUGAUUUUAUUUACUCUGAGUUUCAACGAUCUUUCUCGAUGCUUCUUAAAUUCAACUGAAAGUCAGAAUCUGAAAGGCUUCAGUCCUCAAAACGUUUUGACAAGCGAAAUAUGUGCAUGUCAAACUGCUGACUCAAACUCGAAUAGAAUAAACGGCGCUGAGUUAUUUGCCAGCCAUUCACCUUGCAUGAAUAAAAAUAAUACGAAAUUUACGUCAAAUAGAACGGAAUUUCAUCCUUACGAAAUUGAUUUUGUUUUUUUAAUGUUACAAAAUAUGUAUUAAUAGUGAUGACCUCAUUUAUUAUGGCAUCGAAACAAGAGAAUUUUAUAGUUAUGCAUGACCCGUUUACGAAGCAAACUGCAACAACGACGACUAUUAGAAAACGAUUUUUCCCUCUGUAUUUUCUGAGUGAUGUUUAGCCACAAACCGCUUACGGUGCUUUGAUAUUUAUUCGCAUAAAUUUCGUGCAAAGCAGAUUUGGAUUAAAACUUUUUCAAAAACUCGUAACAACACGUUUUUCUGUGGCUGAGCAUUUUGAUAAUUUCCUUCUACAUUGAACAAAAUUCAAGAGACUAUUUAUCGACUUGGGUCUGUUUACGUUGCGGCGGGCGAAGCAGACAGACGAGAAGACAUCCUUUACCGUUUCAAUAACUUUUGAGACAGGUGGGAAAAGAAAUAAUCUAUAUUGCAGUCACUUAGAACUUGAGGCUUCGCACUAGUUUAUGGUAACUAAAUUGGACUGCCUGAGUCAUUACAUAAGUUAUUGAGAUGACUUCCAUUGAACCCGUUUACAUGUACUUCUCACAAGAAGUUCGCAAAACCAUUCAUGAACUACAAUGGCAUCUGAUACAGAGGCCAUGAGGUAUUUGAAUCCUACAUAAAUUAGCUUGGGCAAGUAUUGUUCAUCCAAGCAAGGGGUACAGACUUAACGGUUCGAAAGCAAUUCACCUUGGUUAAUAUGUAUAAUUGUUAGUUCCGUAAAACAAAUAACUUUAAUUUUAAACCAUCAGGCAUUAGAGUAGUAAUGAGGUAAAACUUUUCUGGCAAAUUCUUAAGCCGAGUACCAUUGAUUGUGCUGUUUAUUAUUGUCUUUCAGAUAAGGCUCAUUCAAGUUUAAAAUCCUUAAAGAUAUAAUUGGACAGCGAGUUCUCUUUGUGUCAGAACGUUGUCGAGCGAACGCUUUCAACUUCAAGUGAAACCGAAAGACAGUCAAAUUAUUGAUGUUCAUGAAUCGCUGUCUAAACGAAACUACCUGUCAACUGCGAAAAAAAUACAGAUAAGAGUUAAUCAUCAAACUUUAUCGGCACCUCCUGGAAUAUCUAAAGCUGGACACAGAUUGUUA